AUGGCAGGAAAAAACAGUGACACCAAGACUGCCAGAAAGACAGCAACAUCCAAAGCAUCUGUAAAGAGAGUACUUGCAACCCCGAUAGGUUCAUCAUCUCCCAGAGCCAUUAUCGUUACUGUUGCUCAGAACAGUACUACAAAAUUCCAAACCCAAGAAUCCAACAACGACAAGGUCCAGGAGAUUACCUUGCAUGGCAUCGAGGGAGAAAGUGAGAAUAAGCGUUUGGGAUUCGUUCAGGAUGGUGGUAUCAUCGCAUUGUCUCCAUCUCUGUCAUUUCCAUUACCUGAGCCUUCAUCACACCUAAACUCACAGUCAUUGUUAUCUCCUGACAAAGAAGAUCGAAAGGAGUCUGUAUACUCUGAUAGUGAACCCGGUGACUUCAUCUCUGAAAACUGGGAUACUGUUGACAUCAAUGAAGUAGAAAUUCAAGAAGGACAUCGCAAGAAGACUCUGCAAGAGAGUGGAGUAGCUCUUUAUGAAGAUAGAGAUUGCAAACAGAUGAAGUUUCAGGAGGGGAAUGACUGUAGACGUUCAGCCUGA